AGUGCUGGACAUAUCUAAGACAUUGAUGUAUGAUUACCAUUAUAAUGUAAUGAAGAGACACUAUGGAGACAAAAUUGAGCUAAUGUACACUGAUACGGCUUCUUUGAUAUAUCAUGUUCAGACGGAAGAUUUUUAUAUGGAUUUGGCUGCUAACCCUAGCUUGUUGGACCGGAUGGACACUGCUAACCUGUCCAGUGACCAUCCGUGUUAUGUGGCAGAUAGGAAGAAGAGUCCAGGAUUCUUUUCCGAUGAAGUCGAUGGUAAUGUGAUGACAGAGUUUUGUGCUCUUAGGGCAAAAUCGUACGCAUUCAACGUUUAUACAGAGGAGAACAAUGUUGGAGGAGGAGAGAAGAUCAAGGCGAAGGGUAUCAAAGCUCAUGUUGUUAAGAACCACAUGACGAUGGAAGACCAUAGGAAGUGUUUGUUUGGUGAAGCUGGAGUGGAGGCAUAUAGGGAGAAUGUAUCAAUACGGUCAUUCAACCACCAGCUAGUAACGAUAAAGACCAGGAAGUUGACUUAUAAUAGUUAUGAUGACAAGAGGGUGGUGUUGGAAGACAAAAUAAACACACUAGCCCAUGGACAUUACAGUAUAGAGAGAGAUGAACCAGAAGAUGAGUAGACAGAACUUCAACAUUACUUUUAUAUAUUGUAUAUUUUUUUCUGUUAAUUAGUUUUAUUGUAAAUAUUAUACGUUAUAUAGUUUGUUAUAUAUACUUGAG